AUGAGUUCAGUACCUGUUGCCCUCAUUACAGCCGGGAGUGCUGGCCUGGGCGCCGCAGCUGCCCGUCUAUUCGUCAAAAACGGAUUCAAGGUGGUCAUCAACUAUAAUAACAAUGUGGAAAGGGCGGAAAAGUUGGCCGAAGAACUCAAGAGGUCGUCAGGCUCAGAUGUGCUUGCCAUCAAAGCGGAUUUGGGCAACCGCGAUGAUAUAUCAAAACUUGUUGAAGAAACUAUACAGAAGAUGGGUCAAUUAAACGUUGUCUUUUCGAAUGGCGGAUGGACACACUUUCGGGACAUCAUGAACUUGGACGACAACGUUGUAGAGGAUGACUGGGACAGGUGCUUCAACAUAAACGUCAAGUCACAUGUUUGGCUCAUGCAUGCCGCCAAGAAGCAUCUGGACGAGACAGAGGGUGCAUUUAUCACCACGGCAUCCGUAGCUGGAGCAUACUCUGUAACCAAAGCUGCUCAGAUUCACUUAGCCAAGGUCCUCGCGGUCAUCGCGGCUCCAAAGAUUCGAGUCAAUAGCAUAUCGCCAGGUUUACUUCUCACAGAUUGGGGUGCGAAGUUCUCAGAUGAUGCUAAGGCUGCGCAUAUUGAAAAGACCAAGAUUAAGAGAGCCGCCACAGUCGAGGUACGUGAAUGA